AUGGCCGGCCGGGGUGGCGGCUGCAGCUGCGGCCCGGGCCACCUGAACGAGGACAACGCGCGCUUCCUGCUGCUCGCGGCGCUCAUCGUUCUCUACCUGCUGGGCGGCGCCGCCGUCUUCUCGGCGCUGGAGCUGGCGCCCGAGCGCCAGGCCAAGCAGCGCUGGGAGGAGCGCCUGGCCAACUUCAGCCGCCGCCACAACCUGAGCCGAGACGAGCUGCGCGGCUUCCUGCGCCUCUACGAGGAGGCCACCGCGGCUGGCAUCCGCGUGGACACCGUUCGCCCGCGCUGGGACUUCACCGGCGCCUUCUACUUCGUGGGCACCGUCGUGUCCACCAUAGGGUUUGGGAUGACGACUCCAGCAACGGUAGGAGGAAAAAUCUUUCUGAUCUUUUAUGGCCUCAUUGGAUGCUCAAGCACCAUCUUGUUCUUCAACCUCUUCCUCGAGCGCCUGAUCACUGUCAUUGCCUACAUUAUGAAAUUGUGCCACCAGCGGCAGCUCCGGAGAAGAGGGGUCCUGGACCAGAAGAGUCUAAAGGACCCGAGGAAGUUGCAGGUGGAUAGUUUGGCUGGUUGGAAACCCUCUGUGUACUACGUCAUGCUGAUUCUGUGCAUGGCCUCUGUUAUCAUCUCCUGCUGUGCAUCCGCCAUGUACACCGCAAUGGAAGGGUGGAGCUACUUCGACUCACUCUACUUCUGUUUUGUGGCUUUCAGCACCAUUGGUUUUGGGGACCUCGUCAGCAGCCAGAAUGCUCAGUAUGACAGUCAAGACCUCUACCGCUUCGCCAACUUUGUUUUCAUUCUCAUGGGUGUCUGCUGCAUCUACUCCUUGUUCAAUGUCAUCUCCAUCCUCAUCAAACAGUCUGUCAACUGGAUCCUGAGGAAAAUGGAUGGCAGGUUCUGCCAGCAAUGCCAAAGAAGACUCUUCCAAUCACGGAGGAACGUGGUCAUGCCAGGCAGUGUCCAGAACCAGUGCAACAUCUCCAUAGAAACGGAUGGGGUGAUGGAGAGUGACACAGAUGGGCGGCGUCUCUCAGGAGAGAUGAUCUCCAUGAAGGAUUUCUUGGCAGCCAACAAGGUUUCACUGGCCAUCCUCCAGAAGCAGCUGUUUGAAACAGCCAAUGGCUGCCCCCACCAGACCAGCACGCUGUCCCGGGACAGUGAAUUCUCAGGGGGUGUAGGAGCCUUGGCAAUAAUGAACAACAGGUUGGCAGAGACAAGUGGGGACAGGUAG